AUGUUUGGAAAAUUCAGCGUCCAUAACGUCGGCCCCAAUGACAUGCAAUUUGUCGCUGGUAAUUACCAAGAAACCGCACUAGAAUCAGACGAUGCCAUGCUGUGUGACGAGCCUACUGUGGCCCUCACGCGCUCAUCACCUACACCUAAUCUAGUGGUCGUCACGCCCGUCGCUCGUGUUGCUCAAGUGAAGAAGGAAUAUCUGCCGUAUGAUGACAACUCAUUGGAUGUCGAGUACAUUAAGACAAUUCCAACGGUUCAAGUUCCUUCAGUAAUGACGGACAAGACAAGUCGUGGCUUUGUGUCGAUUUCCGACCGCUUUCCACUCUCGAAAGUGGGAAAAGCUCGUUGUAGCAUACCCAAGCGAGCGUUCUGCGCCUCAGAGAAGAUCAAGACGCAGCGCGUAGUAGCCCCUUUCUCAAUAAGGCGUUUGCUAAGUGCUACGCCCGAGUUAACACUGGUGGAUCAGAUUACAGUGCUUGAAAACGAUACAGUGAACGAUAAUACGAUCGUUGCUGAAAAGCAAGAGAAGGCAGCUACGACAACGUUUGUAGCAGGAUCAAAUUACAUGCAGGAAAUGAGUGACGCGUACCGGCAUCAAGCUACGGACGUGGAAGAAAUUGAGAUGGAGCAACUUCGAUGGAAUAUCCAAAAACAGGUUUGCCAGCGAUAUUUCCAGCAGGAACAAAAGUAUGAAGAAUGGGGAAAAUUUGACGAGCAAGACACACGAGUAUUCUUCGUUCCAGGUGGAAGACGAGCAAAUAUAUUGGCCGAGAAGAAGUUUCAUGACAAUGCUGUUCGAGACGCUAUGGGAAAGGGAAAUGCUACGUGGGUGAAGGAGCGACGAACUCGGUUUGAGGAGGAAAUUCGUCAGUUCUAUCGAGAAGAAACGAGACACAAACAAGAGUUAAUGCUUACACGUCUUGAAAAAGUGUCACCAUUUUCGAAGUUUCCCAUUCUUGGCAAUCGUUUUUUGCUGCUUCGUCUACGAGGAAAGGGAGGCAACGGUGAAGUAUGGGAUGUUGUUGAUUACGCCAACAAUAAACAGGAGUGCGCUCUCAAGCUGUCGACUUCAAUUCGCCACGCUCAACGCGAACACAACACGCACUCGAAACUUCAUCACCCCAACAUUGUCCAGGUCGGCGACGUGCCCUUCCUCAUUCGAUACGAGCAGCAGCAGUACACAGCGUUUUCUGUUGCAAGUGUUCAAUCGGACUUGCAGCAACUUAUCGAGAUGUACGAGUACUUGGAUGAUGAUUCUGCAUACAAGGUGCUUUCGCAGCUGCUGAGCUCGCUGAAGUAUUUGCACGAAGAGAUGGGCCUUGCUCACUAUGACCUGAAGCCGUCGAACAUUCUCAUCGACCACGACGGGUGUGUGAAGCUGACUGAUUUUGGCCUGACGCGCAUUGCUAAGGCAGCUACGUCGAGCUCUAGGGUUGGCACUCUGCGGUACCUUCCUCCCGAGUGUUUCCGUCCAACCCGAGUCGAUUGCGAAGCUACGGCGGAGAAGGCGGACAUGUGGAUGGUAGGGAUUGUAUACUGCAUGAUGGUCACUGGGAAACACCCCAUCUAUUCUAACAAAUUGACGCAAGCGGAAGUGGAGGCAGUGAUGGGUAAGUACACUGGCGAGGUCCAAUAUGCGCGGCCAGUUUGCGAUCUAACCCGGUGGAUCUUACAAGGGUGCCUUCACCCGGACCCAAGAUGCCGACCAACGGCCGCGCAAUUGCUGGUGGCACUCCAGAACGCGGUACCACGGCAGCAGAGCCUAACGCGUUGA